GGCGAGCUCCGAGCACCCUUCACUGAAAGCCUCUCUCCCUCUCUCUCUCUCCCUCUCUCUCUCUCUCAAGCUUCAGCUCCAAUUCUCUGCUUUUCCAUUUCGUAAGCUUAUUGUAUACUUGAACUAACAAUGGCGAACCCAGGUCCACUGCUGGAAUUUAUGCCUGUGGGAUUUAGAUUCCGCCCAACAGAUGAAGAGCUCGUGGAUUACUACCUGACCAACAAAUUGAUCGGUGAAGAUUUCGUUCUCCAGAUUAUCCCCGAGGUUGACGUUUGUAAGCACGAGCCCUCGGAUUUACCAGUGUUUUCGAAGAUCAGGUCGGAUGACCCAGAAUGGUUUUUCUUCAGUCCUCGCCAUUACAAGUACUCUAAUAGUACUCGGUCUAACAGGGCAACAUCGCGUGGCUUCUGGAAACCCACUGGCAAAGACAGGGACAUCAAGGUUCGAGGCACCAACAAGAUCAUCGGGGCCAAGAAGACUCUGGUUUUCUAUAGAGGUCGUGUUCCUCAUGGCGUCAAGACCAACUGGGUCAUCCAUGAAUAUCAGGCUUUAGAAUUUCCUGCUGACAAGAGGACCUUUGUUCUAUGCAAGUUAAUGAAGAAACCUGAGAGAGCAGAAGGGGGAACCGAUGCAUUAAUCUUUGAUGAAGGGGAGCCGAGUAGCAAUGUGCCUUCUGACCUUGAAAUUCUAGCAAGUGGGAGCAGAAUCCCGGAUGUACCCUCUUCGCCCUCAAUCAAUCUGGAUUCAAUUUUUCAGACACUACACCCAGCAGAUGAAGUUGACACAGACUUCUUAUCUCUUUCUCCCAUAGUCAAUGGGCAGGAAUUUUCUUUCCAAUUUUCCCCAAGGCUCAAUUCCUAUACAGGAAAUGACAACAGCAUUGUAAACUGGAAUUUACAAACUACUGAAGAGGAAGACAAUGCUGACGUGUUCAUGAAUUCAAUCUUUGCCGAUGAUGAGGAGGAGUUGGAGCUGUUUGAGGAGGAGGUGGACCUGUCUGUGAACGAGGGAAGGAAAGAUGCUUUUGUCCAUGGGUUCAACCCCUCUCAACCUCUGAGAAUGGUGCACUGUGAAAGCAGUGACACAGAUGCAGAAGUUGUCUCUGCACAGUAUGGCUAUAUUCCAGAUACUUCGACCAAAUCUAAUAAAUAUGAUGGUCCAAGGGGUGGAAUCAUGCUAAUUUCAGAGGUUAACAGCUCUGAACCUUCUUCGAACCAAGAAGCAAAACAAGAGAAAAAGGGCAGAUCCUUUCAAUAUGACGUGGACUCUUCCUCUGGGGACUCGACCCCUGCUAGACCACUCAAGAUCAAUCGGAUAAAGCUUGCUAGCUCUGCUUCCACUCUAAAGACGUGCAAAACCCAAUAUCGACCAAGAUCAGCCAGCUCUGUGUCACUGAGACCUGGGGCAAGAAGAUCUCAAACACAUAGGAAGAUUUCAACCAAAGAGGCAUAUAAUGAGGCUCAGAAAGAAACACUGGAGUGUUCAAACAAUAAUAAGAGGGAAGCACAGGUUACUGAUAAAAGAAAUACUUCAAAAGCCGCAAGCAAGGAAUCCUCUGGUGUCGGUCGGAGGAAUUCUUCCAUUCAACUGGAGACACCAUCAAGCCAAAACCUUAGUCCGCCAUUCGUAUAUCUUGGCAAUGUUGUUAUAGGGCUUUUGCUGUUUGUAUUCAUUAUUUGGGAAAUGCUAUCAUGUGGGAAGCUCUGUAAUCCUAACCGAUUUGGUGUGAUCCCUGGCCAAAUUUUUUUAGGCCGUGGGAUGGGACUUGGGAGGACAUUGUAUGAGGAUUUGAGAUCUGAUAAUUUAACGUCUACGCCAAAACCAGAGUUCCUGGCCUCCAUGGCUAGCUCUUCACAGUUUGAGUUUGCAGUGCCAUCAGCUUUAGGAUGCCCCCUGUUGCAGCCAGAAAUGCCUCCAUAUGUGCACUCUCCUCUGCAACAAGAUAUGCCGGUGGGGUUCAGAUUCUGUCCGACGGAUGAAGAGCUCGUCGGUCACUACCUCCACCACAAAUUGAUGGCUGAUGAUCCCUCCAUCCACGACACCAUCCCUGAGAUUGAGGUUUGCAAGUACGAACCCUGGGAAUUACCAGCUGCUGUUUCGUCGUUUUCUCUGAACAAGUCGGACGACCCAGAAUGGUUUUUCUUCAGUCCUUGCGAUUACAAGUACUCUAACAGCACUCGGUUUAAUAGGGCAACAUCGUGUGGCUACUGGAAAGUAACCGGAAAAGACAGGAAAAUUAGGGACCGUGUCACCAACAAUAACAUUGGGAUCAAGAAGACUCUUGUUUUCUACCAAGAACGUCUUCCAGGCAUGAAAACUAAUUGGAUUAUUCAUGAAUAUCAUCAUACCCUUUUCCUUCCGAACCAAAGAACCCAUGUUCUAUGUAAGUUAUUGAAGAAAACAAAAGAAAAAACGGAUGAUGAGCUGGUUUAUGAUAAAAGGGAGCCUAUCUUUGUUGAGUGUGAAAAUCAAGCAAAUGGGUAUAUGAUUUCAGGAGUUCAAUAUAUCUCACAUAUGGAUUCAAUGAUUCAAACACCGCCUGAAAUGGACUCAACCACUGAGAUUUCACAUGAUGAGUCCGAAGAACUUGAUUUCAUCAAUUCAUUCUUGAGGUCCACUCCAAGUAUGGAUGCUCCAGAGUAAUUGGAAAUGGUAAGAAUAUCGUAUACGCAUUCAGACAUGAAGAAAAGGAAACUACUUAUGUUAAAGGAAAAGGAAUUUUGGUGUGUAUCUUUUUUCAAUAUAAUGUUCCAAUGAUUUCGAGCUUGUUCGUAGACAAGGUUUAGUUUAUAUAGCUAGCUAAGUUGGCUUGUUAUAAGUUGUGACCUACUUUGACAUUUGAUUGUAAUUCAGUUCUUAGAUAAUUUUGAUUCGGUGUAACUAGAUCCCUUCAAAUAAAUUAGAUGCUAGUAAAUAAACGUGACAGUAUGUC